CAGUAGCACAAACACUGAGGCAUGAACGUAGCCUUUGCCUUUUCAUCACUCUGAAGUCUCAAAGUGAAGACAGUUUUUCAGUGUGUCCAGCAGUCACGUUUUGACCCUGCAGCACUUCACACAGGGAUCAUGGCAAGGAUGGUCGUGCAGCAACCUCAGUCUGUCGUGAUAAUGAACACAUCACAAUCCAAUCAGUGGAGUUCAGGAAUCUGUGACUGCUGUGAAAACAUAGCAGACUGUUGUUUCGCAUUUUGGUGCUUCCCCUGUUUUGCCUGCUGCACUGCGAAGAAGUUUGGCGAGUGUUUGUGCUUACCGAUGCUCGAUGGUUAUGGCUUGAUUCCACCAGUAACCCUGGCUAUGAGGUCAACCAUGCGCCAGCGUUAUGGAAUUGAGGGAUCGAUAUGCAAUGACUGCAUCUAUUCAUUUUUCUGCCUUUCCUGCGUUUGGUGCCAGAUGUCACGAGAGAUGAAGGCACGUGAACACUCGGUUAUGUUAGUUGAUUCUCGAUCAAGGUGAAGACUUGAUGGCGCCAUUGUCCAAAGAACACUCACGGUUACAUUAACAAUAUUGAUUCUGUAUAUGCAGUCUGUUGCUCAGUCCAUGCUGUAUUUACCUGAUUUAACCACAUGAGGGAGGUGUUUCCAUUCUAAUGCAGCUUACGCUAAACUUAGCAUGGCCUUGCUGUUUUAAUGCCAAUCAAGAGAAAAUGUUGGAGAACACUUUACUAAAUAUUUGUGCUGUUAAAAUAGGGAUUCAGGGUUAAACAGUUUCUAGUGACAAAUUGAUGUGCUCUAUCUUUAUAUAUACAUAUGAGUGAAGUAUACACGCAGGCCUUUUUUACACUUCUUCACACUUGGGGAAUUUACUGUAAUCAGUCCUUCUACUAGCAUGUAUUUGAAAAAGAUAAAUUGACAGACAGACAAACAAAAUCAUAAUAAUAUUUUACAUAGCAUAAAAUCAUACUUUUGCUCAAAAUCAACUUUUGUUUAUUUGCUCAUACAGUGGUGUAAAUCCUAGAGUAUGGUUUUACAGAGAACAACUGAUUUUGCAUGGUAACUUUUGCAUACAUUCUCCACAAGCACAGUGAAAUGAUUAUACAUGAUUUAUACGUCCUAAAAAGACAGGGAGUCUCCUGUAUAGAAUUCAAUUGUUAUUAAUAAAAUCUUACCGAUUUCA